AUGUUUGAAUAUACAUCCAAGUUAUCCUGGUCCGAGGUCCGCGAAGUUGCGAAAGAGUUCCAGCCAGUGCUUGUGGAACGGACGCCUCAUCUAUUCGCUGAAAUGGAGGGAAUCGCCGAGGGGGCCGGGUUGGAUGUGCUUGACAUUGUAGCGCUUAACUGUCGCAGUGAGAUUGCCCUAGGCAAAUUCUCCGAUGGCUGCUCAACGCUCUGCUGGAAAAAGAACGAUCAUUGCCGUGUUUUAUCUCAGAACUGGGACUGGACUGACACUGUGAAGAAAAACCUGGCCAUGGUCUCUAUUGAACAGCUUGGCAAGCCUACCAUCUAUAUGGUAACGGAGGUGAGAGCUGCUCCUCUAACAAAAUAUCGCGGUGUCAGAGGCUGA